GUCCACCAAUCCAGUCAAAUGCAACCACCUCCAACACCGUCUCUAUGCCCUUCGUCAGACGACACGUUACUCGUCGUCUGAAGGCUGCAAAGGCAGACUGCGAUCGCGAACUCCGCCAAGUAAUAUAUAGUAUCACCUCACUCUUUGAGGAGGGAUGCGAAGGCGAACAGAACGGCGACAUUGACUAUCACGAUCGCGACAGAGAUGUCGACAGGGGGUCUCAGCAUAGCGACUUCGACGACAUGCGUGAACUGUUUGCAGUGACCCGCCCUGCGUCCCCGGCAGACGAUAGUGCCUACGAUGUAAAAUGUGACUACCGUCAUUCUCGACAAUUGUCUAGGUCUGCAUCCUCUUUGCGCGUCCCUUCGGGUAGUUCUACCGCCAAGGACUCAACAUCAGAAUCUCCCUCACUUUCCCCUCCUACUACAAUCCGCGGUAGCGCUGCGACUUCGACUUCUGUCAAUCGCACGUCCUCGCCCAUACUAAUAAAUGAUCCCACCGAUCCUCUCAUCUUCGCACUGGACGGGCUCAUAGGCAUUGCCACAGAUGUAACGGAGAUGUCCAUCGCGCGGUUGGAGGCACAACCGAAUAUAUGUGAAUCACUUGUUCAGCGCGUCCAAGCCAUAGGAAUGACUUGGGACCACUAUCCAGAUCGGCCCGGGCGCCGUUGGUAUGUGCAGGUACUCCUUGCCAUCGCUAGCCUUAGCCGUGUGGUAGAGUGGUGGGAAGCAGAGAAACUAUUCUGGGGUUUCGAAAACGAAUGUGACGAGGCCAUCGAGCACACAAGAGCUCUGUUGGAAAGUAUGCCCAUGGGAGAUCCGAGGAGACGACCGACUCUCCUCGAGCUUAGUAGUCGCCUUAGUGAGCGAUUCAAGAAGGAAGGCGAUAUGACAGAUCUAACGGAAGUUACCAUCAUCCAACGUGCCGUUUUGGAAAUCACUCCCCCUGAACACCCAAAUCGCUUCACAACUCUGUCCGAUCUGGCUGACUGCCUUUCUGAUCGGCUUAGGGGGGAAGAUGACAAGGCAUACUUGAAUGAAAUCAUCACCCUUAGACGGACUGCGUUGGGAUCCAUAACCCAGGAUGACCCAGAGUGGCAACCAAUUCUUGCCAAACUCGUCGACUGCCUCUACGAGCGCUUCAGCAGGAAAGGUGCCAUGGCGGAUCUGGAAGAGGUCAUAACUCUCCGCCGGGCUACUUUAGAACACCAGAAACUGGGUGCCGCCUUCACACUCUGCGCCCCUGGGCACCCAGAUCGCCCACUGUCCCAGGACCGUCUUACGAAUUACCUUGGAGUGAAAGUCAGAAAACGGGGUACUCGAGUCCCCGUAAAGAUGACUGGUGCCACAAGCUGCCAUAUCAAGCAGUUAAUUAGGAGCAUUGUCUUCAAAACAUUCGAUAACAUCCCAACGCGACUCUUGUAUACGGCAACAGGUACUGUGUGCAAUCGAGGUGCACAGCUCUCUCAUUUCGAGGCCAGUCCUCAAUACAGCCAGCUACUUUCGUUGGCGUCUGCAUCUGAUGGCGAGCUAGGCGAAGCGGAGGUCCGUAAAGAGGUCUCCAAAUACUUUCAAUAUGCUACGCUAUCCCACAGGUGGGGGAGCGGCGAGCCGUUACUACGCGACGUUGAAGGUACAAGCGUCUAUGAUUUAGAUGGCACGGAUGGCCUGGGAAAGGUCCAAGAGUUCUGUAUUCAUGCUCUCGGACGUGGUUUCUUGUGGGCAUGGAGCGACACUUGUUGCAUCGACAAAGAUAGCAGUGCUGAACUUCAAGAAGCCAUCGGUUCCAUGUUUUCGUGGUAUCGCUGGUCCUCUCUGACGCUUGUACACCUCUCCGACGAUAGUAUGUGGUUCAAGCGGGGCUGGACUCUCCAAGAAUUACUGGCUUCGCCGAUCGACUGGUCGCUCUUCAUGAACCAUGACGAUCCUGCUGAUCGUCGUACCACUCGGCCAGAAGAUAUUGCCUAUUCUCUUUUUGGUAUUUUCAAGAUCCACUUGCCAGUUCUCUAUGGUGAAUCUGCGGAGAACGCGCUCGGACGCUUCCUAGCGGAAAUCAUACCACAGUCUGGAGAUGUUUCAGUUUUGGAUUGGGUUGGAGAGGCGUCCGCUUUUCACAGUUGUUUCCCUGCCAAGCUCGCGCCAUACAAAACAGUGCCUCAUAUACCAUUGAUUCCCAGUGACACUGACAAGGACGCUGAGCUUGAAAAGGCACUGAAGUUGUACGAAACUCUUGCCAAGUUACCCCGUGCACAAUUCCUCAAUCGGAGGCUUACGUUGCCUUCCAUUGCCCACUGGGUCACGGCGGUCAAAUUGCUGCGGUGUUCGACAAGCCCCCCACGUCGCGUCUGUGAGAUUCACGCAUCGCAAUUGCAACCCCUCGAGGUCGCACUGUCGGUCGAUCUUGAGAAGACUUCCAGUCCAUAUGUCCUCAUUCGUCCUUGGCAUAUAAAAUCCCUUGAAGCGCAGGUGGACAGUGAUAACAACACCAUGUGUAAGAAGAUGUUGGAACACCUCGGGAGGUGGCCGUUCAACGCGCUCCUGCUGAGGAGGUUGCCCCACAACGAAUAUAAGAGGGUCGCGAGUGAUUGUGCAAUCGUCGCUCGUAUUCAGGAUCUUGAUAGUGUUUUGGACUGUGAAGUUUUGAUCCCCGAAAUUGUAUAGUCGGGUUUGUAAUGACACACCAUAAGACUCACCAUUUGCACAACUUACGCGAUCCAGGAAUACUACCGGGACCUUGCUUGCAUCGGAGAAAGCCAGGAUGUCGAUUACGGUUUGGGGGCAGGGUAUUGGUCUGGGUGAAUUCAGGGGCUAUCAAGACAUUAUCACUGGCUUUGAGGCAUGUGUUAGGUGUGCGUCAUGCACACGAAGCCGACACCGGGUGGAUAGUAGCGAAAG